UCCAGGUUGUUAAAUGCUAUUAAACCUGGGGCAGUGAAGAAGAUCAAUCGUUUGCCGACUCCCAUUGCAGGACUGGACAAUAUUACAUUAUUUUUGAGAGCAUGUGAAGAGCUUGGACUUAAGGGAUCACAGCUUUUUGACCCGGGUGAUCUUCAAGAUAUGACUAAUAGGGCCACAAUCAAGGUAUCAGAGUACAGCAGGAAAAUGAAAAAUGUUUUGAUCACUAUUUAUUGGUUAGGAAAAACAGCAAACAGCUGCACAUCCUACAGUGGGCCGACACUGAACCUGAAAGAAUUUGAAGGCUUGUUAUCUCAGAUCCAGAAGGAGAUGGACGAUACAGACAGUCCAAAAAGAAGCAUACGUGACAGUGGCUACAUUGAUAGCUGGGACUCUGAACGCAGUGACUCCCUGUCACCUCCCAGACAUACCAGGGACAAUUCCUUUGAUAGUCUGGAUUCAUUUGGAUCACGGUCACAACAGACACCAUCCCCAGAGGUGAUACUUAGAGGAAGUAGUGACGGUCGUGGCAGUGACUCUGAAUCAGAUGUAACACAGAAGGCACCUGACAUGAAACGAGACGACAUGUCGGUAAGACGGACUUCCUACAGUGAACCCAAGUCAUCCUUGCCAUUUAACCAGUACCUACCCAACAAGAGCAACCAUACAGCCUAUAUGCCAGCACCUCUUCGGAAGAAACGGGCAGAACGAGGAGAAAAUUAUCGGAAAAGCUGGAGUAACACUACCUCACCUAUAGCAACAGAGCGACCGUUCAGAUACAGUCCUACAGAUGCACUGUCUGAUGAUGCAGGAAGUGUUAGUAUGAAUGAUAUGAGGCCUGAAGAAGAUGUUGCAAUCCAGCCCCAUAGUAAAGCUCGCCAUGAGGAACUACACAACAUUCAUAGCCUACUACGUGAAGACCAGGACAAAUGGCAAGAAGAUCUGGCUCGCUGGAAGAACCGGAGGAGGAGCGCAUCCCAGGAUCUCAUCAAACGGAAGGAGGAACGAGAUAUUGUGGAAAAAAUAAUGAGUGGGGAGCGCAGCUCAGAAAGGCGGAAGAGCAUUAAAACAUAUAGAGAAAUUGUGGAGGAGAAGGAAUGCAGAGAACUUGCUCUCCAAGAAGCAUAUAAAAAUGCAAGAACUCCAGAAGAGGCUGAAGCCAUUUUGAAAAAAUAUUCACAGAGAUUCAUCAUCAGCGAACCUAUUCUUGAAAGCCUUGUGAUGCCAAAAUUCCUGGAGAGAAGUCGAUCUGUGGAUUCUGAUGCUCCAUCCUCACCAACAAAAGAUCCUAAUUCACUUAAGUACUUACGACAGCAAUCAUUGCCUAUCCAAAAAUAUACUGCCACUGUUGAAGCAAUGAUCAUUCCCAGCAGCCAGCCCCAAAAAAAUGUUUCUGCAACAGUAACAUCCCCAACCAGAACUGUUGCCUGUAAGGCAGUGCCUAUGUUGACCCCCAAGCCUUAUUCACAACCAAAAGAUUCACAAACUGUACUGAAAUCAUUUAAGAAGGAUGGGAAAAUUAGAAUAAAUGGAGACACCAGCCCAACAUUCACCAGAGUUGAAGAGAAGGAGCCCACAUCUGCAAUAUCGUCCUCAUCCUUUACAUCGUCACAGAUGUUUGAAAGUGUGGCAAGUGUGGACACACCCACAUUAAAGUCUCAGGUUGAUAACUGCCACGUUACUGGAGCAGAACAGGAAAUUUCUUCAUCCAUAAAAGACCCAGAGACUGAAGAUACAGGGCAAGAGGAACGAACUGAGAUGCCAAUCACCAUUGGCACCAGUCAACAAUCAAACACAGAAGAAGAAUUUGAUUUGAAACCUUGCUGCAAUAAGACUGAAACAGCGACAAUAAAAGAUGCAACACAAGAAGAAGAUCAGCCUUGGAACUUGGAAACAUCGACAGUGCACAUUGCCCUGUCAAAUAAUGUAGCAUCAGGAACAAAGAACACAGUUGAUUCCAAAAUUCUAAUGACUGAUGAAGCCUGUUUAAAUCCUGAGAAAGACAAGCCCAGUGAAAGUGUGCAGAAACAACUCCAACAAGAGACAUUAAAAUCAGAGACACUUCAACACGGUGAAACAGGAGAUGUAUUUGAUUCCAUUCAGAGGAUAAGUGAAGUGGAGGAAGAGACUAUAGAGGACAGUCAGCCUGUUGAUGCUAUUAAUCAGCAAGAAUCACCUAACACUGCCAGUGUUCCGGUCACAGUUCGGAACUCCUGGCGACGCUCAGAAUUUUUCUCUCAGCCAGCAGAAGUGAAAAACAGUGAAAAUGUAAAUAUCCCAGUUGCUCCUUUAAAUCUCCCUAAACGUUUUGACCGCUGGUAUUGGGAUCCAGAAGAAGAACGCAAGCGUCAGGAAAGAUGGCAGAAAGAGCAGGAACGCUUGCUCCAGGAAAGGUACAGAAAGGAGCAAGAAAAACUCCGCCAGGAAUGGGAAAAAGCACAAAGAGAGGUUGAGGAAGAGGAACGUAGAUACCAUGAAGAGGAAUGUAAAAUCAUUCAGGAAACAGUGCCCCCCCUGACUCCACGAUCACCAGCAUUGUCUGUCCAUCGUCCCAAUGAGUGGAUCUGCCCAUCAAAAACUGAGGGAGACUCUCAUCCUGAGCUCAUUGAGGGUUCCUCCAUGCACCUGGAGAACAAGAAUGUCCAAUUGCAGAAAGAUGCACAAAUGGGGGAAGCAGAGAGUUGGCAAGCAGAAGAUAAGGGACAAAUGCAAGCAGAAGAGGAGCAACAAAAACUGCUGUGGGAACCAGCAGAGUCACAGACCCUUAAAAAGGAUGAGACGGAACAACAGGACAACUGGGAUGAAACUUGGAAGAACAAACUGGAGACACGGCACUGGCAGGAGAGUACACAACCAGAACCUGAAGAGCAAAAGUUGAAUGUCCAAUCUGAAGUACACAUUUUCCAAAUGGACAAAGAGACUGUUAGUGAAAGACAGAACCAGGCAGACUGGCAAAUACCUUUUGCAGAUCAGGAGAAACUACCAGCUCAAGCUGCAGGAUCCCCAGUAUUUGCCAGCAGAUCAUGGAAUGCACAGGAACCUCCUUCGUUCCUUGAAAUUCCAAGAAAGCAACAACAAGGAGAUGUAGUAAAGACUGGGUCUCUGGACAGAAGCUGGGCUCUUCAGUCUAAUACAAUGGAAAGAAAAAACUGGUCUGGAUCUCAUGAAAACUUACAGUCAGGCCAAUCUCUGCCACUCCCACACUCAUCUCUUCAGCUACAGGCACCCAGUAGGUCAGUCAGCGGGAAGAAGUUAUGCUCAACUUGUGGACUUCCUCUUGGAAAAGGUGCAGCCAUGAUCAUUGAAACACUCAGUCUAUAUUUCCAUAUUCAGUGUUUCACGUGUGGUAUCUGUAGAGGUCAACUUGGAGAUGCAACCACUGGGACUGAUGUCCGUAUUCGAGAUGGGCUUCUUAAUUGUAAUGAUUGUUACAUCCGGUCCAGAACUGCUGGACAACCCACUACUUUAUGACCGUGCCACAUGUCAAUCAGCAACAGCAACUGGAUGUCGGGAAGAACACAGAUGGCCCAUGCUCAACGCUGAUCCUUGUGAUGAUUGCUUCAUGGACAAUCAUGGAUAGAAACUGUCAUUCACUGGCUUUCUCAUUAGAAGAGCUAUCAUUGUCCAAAGUAGCUUCUAUCUACAUUGUUAUUUUGGCAGUCUACACCUUGGAUCACUUUCAAACUUAGUGGAACCACCAUUCUUUUUGCUCAGAGUUACAAAGUAGCAUCCUAAAUUUCCUGUCAAAUAAAAGCUUUUAACUGGAUUCAACACCUAUUUAAUUAAUGUUGUGUGAUAUAUAAUUUAUUUUGUUGCCUCUUCCAAUUAAAAAAGCACGUUAAAGGUGCAAUGAUUAUGGGAGUAAAUGAAUAAAAAUGGGGACUGAAUCUUGUGAGCUCCACCCAUGACAAGUUUAGUGGUAAGGGAAUGAUGAAUUGGUAGAAAGAUGGGAACUUGCUUUCAUCACAACUAAAUCCAUUUAAUACCCACUUCAGGGCCUAAUGCCCCCAGCACUGGCAUAAAACUAGGGCGGAAAAAGGUGGUGGAACCUGUCAAGCUGGGAGCACAACCAUCAUACCACAUGUUUGCUUUCAGACUCUGGGGUGUGGGUAAUGCGGUAGAAGAGUGGUGUGUGGAUCCCUCAUUUAAAGGCACUCAGUGCCUGAUUGUGAGAUCUGCUAUCAGCAAUAAGGGGGCUUUCUGACUCCAUAACACUGCCUUUGCUGUAACCCAUUCUUACCGUGAUCCCUCUCUCCCCAUCCUCAUCGGUGCUCAGGCUCCUUCUCAAUCCAAGGCCUCCAAUGGGUAGAUCAUGUCAACAGUAGUAUGAGCCCCCAUGGUGCCAAUUCUGAGUGCAGAAGUGAUGCCAGCCUCCGAUUGGCCAGUAGCUGUUGGCUGGUGGGUUACCCACCCCUGGUGUGAAGCGUAUCAUUGUUCAGUGCCUGGCAGAAGAUCCUCCCAAAAUGACAUGACAUGGCAUCUCAUUGUCUCUCUAACCAAUAGCUGAGAUACUCCCUUGCCUCCACAAGAUUCUGCCCUAUGUUUGUCCUAUAUAGUGGAUAAUACCUGUCGUCUUCCUUUUCCUGGAACUAACUUGAGCCAUCUGUGUAACACUGAGGAGACGUAGAGAUCAUUCUAAACGGAUAGAUUUGCAUUAAUUUUGAUAUUAUAGAUUGCUAAGUAAUAUUGUGUUUGGCAUCUGUAUAAAUGAAUAAUGAGGCAAUAACCAAGUAUUUUGAUACUAGAUUGUACCAGCAUACAUCUACACGAUUUAGCAAUGAACCAGACAUUGUAUUUCUUUUUGAAAAAGGAAAGUUGAGAUACUUAUCUUUUAGGGAAAUAAGCGUCCCAAUCUGAGGUCUAUCUCUUCAAUUUGCUGUGUUAGGAAGGACCUGCUUUCAAAUGUGGAUGGCCAAUGGUUCUAACAUUGCAUCAGGUUUUUGCACAUGUUCAUCACAGACUUCCUCUCAUCUAUUUUUAGCCAGUUGAGCUAAGUUUCUAUAAAGGAGCAUCUAGGUGGAUAUGAUCUUCAAGUUAAUGAUUAAUUAAUAGACUACUAACAGGCUGCAAUUCAUAUUCAAGAUCACAAAAAGAAUUGACUGUUCCACACCUUGUUGAGUUUUUCUGGUACAGCAUAGACCCAGUCCCUAAGUUUCAUGUUGGCUUGGUGCCUGAUUUUUUUUCUUCCAUAAUCUGGUAUAUUUCCUCAGAGUUAAGAUGCGCCAAGAAUUAAUAUAAUAAAAUUCAAGUAACUCAAAUGCAAUAUUCCUGCAUGUAUUCUUACCAUUUGAGCUGUGAAUAAUUGGCCUAUGGUGCCAUUUUACAUUCUGAAUCUGGCUAGAAAAUGAUGAGCCACAAGUUUGAAGUUUCACAUUUUUGCCUCAAACUGAGUCCAGUGAUCCCUCUAAAAUGCAAGCAUCCCUUUAUGUGGUGAGUAAAUGAAGUAAUUAAGGUUACAAAAUAGUAUCAAAUGUUUUGGUGUUUAUUACACCUUUUAUUAUAAAACAUUCUACCUAUUAGGAAGCAUUGAAACCAUGAAACAUUUUAAAAAGUGAAGCUUUCCAAGCAGGAAAAGAAUUAGAUUGCAUUCAGCAGUUUUAAAUCAUCUCUAAAUCUGUCUGAUGGAACAUUCUGCAAAGCUGCUGAGGAAAGCAAUUCUUUUUUUAAAAAAUACCUUUAGAGAUACCACGGACUUUUCAAAUGUCACUGUUCUUAUUUUGUAGUCAAAUGAGGCUAGCCAAAUAAUCACAACUAGCCUGAGAUUUGCCAUGAUCCCUUGCUUAGCAAUCCACUUAUAUUUCAGGCAGAUACCUAUGAAGUGAUUCUGUGGAGAAGGAAAGCACCUAAUUAGCCAACUACAUAGUUCUUACUUUAAACAACAGCAAUACAAUGUCAGCUCCAUACUCGCUGAAGCUCUUGAUAUACAUUCAAUAGGAUAAAUGUUAUAGUCCAUAAUCAUUUAACAUGCAAAUAAAUAAAUCCCUUCUUCUCUAGUUCAGCUAUAAUUAUUUCUUAAAGUUACGUGUUUGACAAUUAUUUAUUGAAAUAGAUAAAGCUAUGUUUUGCAUGCUAGUCAAGUCCUUAUGCUGAAGUACUAUGUGAUAAAUGUUUGCUGUAUUUUUAUUUGUAACCAUUUUUGGAUCAGUCUAGUGGAAGAAUAUUUUAUUUCUUCCACAUUAAAACUGUGCCUUAGAAAAUGCAGGCUGUUGCACAUGGACUGUCGAAGUGUUGAGCAUCUGCAGUGAAUGUGAAAUAAUUGGUAUCCGACUCGAGAGGCAUCUUUAUCAGCUCUCAAGUGAGCUGGGUACAAGUGAUACUGCAAAGGAAAUGAUAUGAAGCUGAGGCCUAAUUGAUUUAUCUCAUGUGACCAGUUCAUAUUAAACUGAAAUUUCCUACUCUUCUGCAUGGUUUCAGCAAAGGCUGAUGUUUAUCUUGCAGUCUCUCUAUUGUGUAAAAUAUACGGUUCAGCACUCAAAAGAUUUUUAAAGAGGACUUUUUACAUAUUCUUGUACAUGUUUUUUCUCCUCAGAAAUUAAAGUACAGAGGAAGUAGUAAUGCAUAUAUUGUAGCACAUUGUGUCCCUGUUCUAGUAGCCCCAUUUGCAAUUCUCUUCAUCUUAAGAAAAAGUUUAAGUUGUGACAACUUGAACAUGACAAUAGUCACUAAGCAUUUGAGUGGUAAUAUUGAAACUUUUUACCUGUGCAGUAAACUGUUUCAGUACAGAUUUAUAUUUAAUACAGUGUUAAGCAUUAAUAUUCAAAGCCACUGAGUAAUACUACUUAGAAUAUGGGCUGGAUGAUACAGUAAGCAAUAUUGAAAAUGAAUGAUUAACAGGUUUGUAUGAUAUUCAUCUACUAUUUUAAAAAAGUUUUAUGGCUCAGUAGAUAGUGUCCCUUACAUGUUUUAGAUUCAAGCUCCAUGCCAGGAUUUGAAGGCCAAAAGAGAUGCAUUUGUAGCAUUGACAAGUUGAGUAUCUGUACAUCUUUGCAACUCAUCAAUAGCAGGUUAUAAAAGCAGGAGAGAUUCUUGGUCAACUGUGCGAUGGAAAGGAGCCUCUGCCAUCACUAUUUAUAGCCCCAGAGUAAAGCAUGCAUAUAAAAAAUGCAUAAUGCUACAGCAACUCAAACUCCCCAAGAGAACUGUCACAUACUAUCUUAAAGACGUUAACUCAUUUAAGAUAAAAAGUAGAACAUCAUAAAAUGUAUUGUGCUCAUCUAUGAGCAACAACAGCAAAUUCUUAACUAAAAUGUUAAUAUAGCUAUUAACAGAAGUGAGCCAUAACAGAGGUAUGAACACUUUGGAUUACCAAAAUGCAUAUGAAAACACAUACUCAAUAACAAAAUAAUCAACUUAUGUUUUUUUUGGAAAAUUACAUUUUGUUUUACAAGAUUCCACUGUAUGUAUGGUUGACUUUUACUGAUUUUGAGGAAGUACAUACUUGGUUCAUAAAUCAAUAAAACUCUCGUUAAAAUACCUGUUCUCGUGAUUACUCUUCUCAUUUUGUCAGCAAGACUUGUCAAUUCAUGUUUGCAUGAUUGGACGCAGUGUCCUUAUAGUAGCAUGCAAUGUAUCUCUGCCAGCAUCUACUAUCAUCUGUGUAGAGAGUUGUUGGAUCUGAUUGUAUGUCGUUAACAACCCUUCUCCAAAUGAUGCUUAACCAAAUAUGGACUUGGACUGGUGAUUUUAAUAAAUAAUUGAAGUAGUCUGGUAUAUGUUACAUUCAACUAUUGCGCUACUUGUAUAGUGAUCUGCCCCUUGAAAGAAGAAAUAAAUUGUGUUCAAAUAAUACAACAGCUUUUAUAGUAAAUGUAUGUCGUUUAUAAAUAAAACCUUUAAAAAUAA